CGUCAGUCAGUCUACCUACGUUCAUGUUUGUGUUGGAUGUGAUGGAGAGAUAGAACUUUUUCCAGGCUUUUCGUUCGCGUGAAAAAAAAAACAUUUCAAAGCAAUGAAUAACUCCAAAUUUGUGUUUCUUUGCUGCUUCUGGUCAUUUUUCGGAUUGCUGGUGGCCUUCCCGGAGCAAGGAAAGUGGGAUUUUACACUGUCGACGGAUGGAAGGUACAUGCCAAUUCCGAAGUCGGUCUUCGCUGGUUUUAAAAUAUACACUCAAAUAAACUGUGAACCUGCGGACCCGGCGAAAUCGUCUAUUGCGGUGAAAAUUUCAUGGGACCUCCUGGAGUUGAAAUGCUGGGAAGAGUACGUACGAAAUUCGUACAACCCGCAGUACGAGGCGUUUUUUGCCACGCCGAAUCAAUCCAAAGUGAGCUACAAACCGACGGAAGAUCAGCGAUGCACCCGCGGUGGUCACAUCAGUUUGCCGGAGUUGAAACUGAAGGAACCAAGCGAGAAAUUGUCACCGCAACCGGUGGAGCAAAACGGCAAAUCUCGGCGAGAGGCGGGACAAGCUGAACCGCAAUCUAUUUUCACCAUCACCAAAGAUGGAUUGUACAUUUUCAUACUGAGAAUCGACUCGGAAGAGGAUUUUAUCGCAAACAUUCACGUCGAAAUGAAGAGUUCCUAUGGGUAUCUGUCGGCCGUGGAUUGGCCACUUUUACCGUUCUACGGUGCGAUGUGUUUGGUUUACGUGGUUCUCGGCAUCAUCUGGCUGGUUGUGUCUUUCCUUCAGUGGAGAGAUUUACUACGAAUACAGUUCUGGAUCGGAGGCGUUAUCCUGUUGGGAAUGCUGGAGAAGGCCAUGUUCUACGGGGAAUACCAGAGUAUCAACUCGACGGGUAUUUCGGUCCGAGGAAUGGUUCUGUUUGCCGAGUGGGUGUCCUGUGGUAAGCGAACCCUAGCCAGAAUGUUGGUGAUUAUCGUUUCUCUUGGAUUCGGCAUUGUCAAACCAAGGCUCGGACCGAUGUUGCAUCGUGUAGUCGGAACCGGUGCCCUGUAUUUGGUGUUGGCCUGUGUCGAAAGCUUUCUUCGAAUUAUGCACACGAAGAACGAUCAGCUUCUGGUCGCUAGCAUUCCGCUAGCUGUACUGGACUCAGCUAUUUGUUGGUGGAUUUUCACUUCGCUUGUUCAAACGACGAGAACCCUGCGAUUGCGAAGAAACAUGGUCAAAUUGUCACUGUACCGACACUUCACCAAUACGCUGAUCUUCGCAGUACUCGCUUCCGUAGUGUUUAUGUUGUAUUCCAUCAAAACGCACCGAUUCGCCGAGUGUCUGACCGAUUGGAAGGAACUGUGGGUGGAUGAUGCUUUCUGGCAUGUACUUUUCUCCACGCUUCUGUUGGUGAUCAUGAUUUUGUGGCGGCCUACCAACAACAACCAGCGGUACGCUUUCACACCGCUUCUGGAUAAUCCGGAAGAUGAAGAUGAUGACGAAGAAGAACAGUUCGUGUCCGAUGCGUACGGGGUUAAAAUGCGUGGUGCCCGCAGUACUUCGCCAAAACCGAACGCCCGGAGUCCGACCACGGAGGAGGACGAUCUGAAGUGGGUCGAGGAUAAUAUUCCAGCCGCAAUCGCCGAGGCCGCACUGCCGGUGCUGGAUUCCGACGAAGAAAUUGUCAAUACUAAGUUUGAGGUGUCGAAGAUGCAAUGAAGGAAUGUUUGGCCGGGAAAUGGAACUGAGAAAAUAUGAAUUUUCUUGCAUAGAGAGACUGCUGGAGUUGGACCGAAACUUCUCAAUUUUAUCCGUAGAUUAAGUGACGAAAUUUUUUUUAUAUAUAGCUUGCACAGUUUUACAAUAAUCGCGCUAGUCAAAAGUGUUAACGGAAAAGUUUGGAUUCCAUUUUAAUUGGGGAGUACUCCGUUUUAUUUGUUUUUUCUCCCUAUCUGAUGCACUAUGACACAGCUUUUCUGUCCAUCUUAUCAUGGUUUACUGGCCGAGAUAACGUUGCAAUGGAACAGAAUAAACAGUAGAUUAGAAUCAAUUCAGGUGCUUGCGGCAGAUCGCGUUUCCUAAGCUGAGUUUCCGCUAAGGAGAACAUUUCCUGUCCAUCUCUAUGAUGAUAACUUAAUCGACAGUACUAGCGUAAUAAGUGGACGAAUGUAUUGAAUUAUUGUAUUUAUAAACAGUUUAAUUUAAAUGAGGAAAUAAUCUUACAACUCAAACGUAAAAACCUUGAUCCUGACGAGAGACACUGCAGUGUUGAAAGUUUUAGGGCAAGUCAUUUUCAAAUGAUGAAGUAGCAAAUAAUUUCUUUUGUACAUAGGCAUAUUGUGUUAUUAAUUUCUUUCUGUAAAUCAAACCUAUAUUAUGUUCCGAAACAAUAGAAAUAUACCAAGCUAUCAACAGCAUUGGAAAAUUACAAUAAAA